GUGAAGCCAAAAUUUCCAAAAGUUUGAAUAUUUGUUUUUAUAGAAUGAUGAAGAUGUGAGAGACUACGAGGAAAUGUCCUUUAUAUAUCACCAUGAAGGCUUCUUCUGGAGGUGCUGGUUCUUUGGAGAUGAUCCACAAACUUCAGUUUGGAGAUACUGGUUUAUGAAUCAGCCUCAUCCCAAACGCUGUAUUCCUGGGUAUCUCUUUCCUAUGCCAAUUGCUGUUGGACCUUUUCCACAUCCUUCCUUUGAUGAAACUACAGUGUACAGAAGCUUCUGGACAAUAUUUCUUAUAUUAGGUGUUGGUUCUGGUCUGGCUGGGGGAUUUCUGCUGGUGUGUGGUGUGCCCUUUGCCAGUGCUGGCUGUUAUAAAGUUGGAGGUGGCUUCUUGAUGAUAUCAGGGGCCCUGUUUAGCCUGAUCCUCAGCCUAUUUGUACUAUGGAAGGAAUAUGCUGUUGAUUUCCCAAAAUACAUAUCUACAGAAAGGAGCAACAGGUGUGUCCCAGAGAAUGUCUUCAUUGAUGUGCAGUAUGGAUGGUCAUUCAUGUUUGCUGCUUUUGGUACUCCCUUUGUAUGCAUGUCAGGAAUUAUGUUUCAUUUCAUUGGCCAGGAGCUUGAUGAUUUUCAUAAGUGAACAAAAUAAAAUGCCAAUAGAACACAGUGAAAUUCUCUGGGCAUAUUCCUGAUGGACACUUAAAUAAAGGUGAAGCAAAUUUCAGGUUUUGAUCUUUGCCAAGUGCUCAGAGCAUUACUUAUCAUCUGUAAAUAUUGAUUACAUGUUAUUGUCAAAUGAAUGAAAUUUGAAGAGUGGUGCUAUAAAAGUAAAACAAGAGUUAAAACAAGUCAUUUCAAAGAAGACUAGAAUGAGUUAAUUUGGUCUCAGUUUACAGAGACACAAAGACUAGCUCUAGUUUCCUUCAUGAAUCUAUCAAUAGUCAGCAAGAGAGUAACCUCAAGCUCUGGUGUCAUGUUUUCAUUUUCAAUCUUUCCAAAGCUGACCUAAUUUAAAGUAAGGUGUUUCUUUUUUAUGAGUAGUCUAGUCCAAUGUUUUUUUUGAAAUAACCAAUUAACCAUAACUAAUAUACUAGACCAGGAACUGUUAUUUCUCAAUUUAAAGCUCAGGAAUCUGCCAGAAGGCAUACAGAUCAUUGUUUGCCUCAUUUCCCUCAGCUGACAGACUUGGGAUAGUGGGCAUUGAGUUUUACAUGCAUAUUUUAAUGGGCUGAACAGGAAACAGUGACAUCUGAAAGGCAAAGUAUUUUAUAUUUUCAUAUACAGAAUUUGUAUCCUUCCAACACAGAGAGAUCUGUACUUGAGCAAGAGAUUUAUAAAACAUUAAAAUCUUAGAAUGUUCCAUUUGAAUAAAUCCAAUUAAAGAUCAUAGUUUCAAAAUGAAAAAAAGUCCUGUCCUAGCAAGAGGAUGAGAUGCAUCCAGAGAAAGUUAGUUCUGGCCUGGAGGAUAGGAAGGUAUGCAUCUAUUUCUGUGAAGAAUUUUGUUCAUCUUUGCUAAAAAGUCAACUGUAUUAAAUUCUAGUAAUGAGGAAGAAUAGUUAACACAUUCAUUAAUUGGAUCCUGUUUUCACCUGUAUUGUUACUAAAUACUUCACAAUUUAAACCACACUCACCCAUUCAUUAACCAUUGCUGUUUUUCAUUUUAAAAACAUCUCACUGGAUUUAAUGAAAGUCUGAGGAUAAUUUAAGGGGACAUCCAUGGGGGCAAAAUUCUUCUAGAUUAAUUAUUAAUUUGUACCAAAAUCUAAAAUAAAAAUAUGGACUCAUACUGAAUUCAUUAAUAAGAUAAAAACUGGCCUAUAGGUCUUUUUGAGGAUUUUUUUGGGCUCUGGUCAGUCUGUGAACUACAUGAGUGGUCACUAUUAAUAAAUGAAAAUGUAUCACUAAUAUGUUUUAAUUUCCUAAAGUUUGGGUGUAUUUGUAGUGACCCAGACUCAGUCAACAUUCUCAGGUAUUAGUAAUACUUAGGCUACCAGAAUAAAAUCCCCAGUAACUGCUAAUUCUCCUUCCAUGCUGCGGUUACUGGUAUCUAUUCAAUCAUUAUUACAUAAGAUUUACAUGAAUUUUCAUUUUAGUGUGAUCCAAAUUACUAUGGAUUUUACUUGAGAAUUGUCCAAUGAUCUGUAGCAAAUGAUGCCUUUUGUUUAUUUUAUUGGAUUUGUAGACUUUAAAAUUUUACUAA